UUUGUAAAUUGAUCCAAAGCAAAAUUUCGUACGUCUCUUCUUUGACCUGGAAUUUUUGGCAGAACUAAUUCUUCAGAUCGAUUAUAUAAUGUAACGGAGAAAGAACGUUCGCAACAGUCUUACGAGAAAUAAUUUCGUGACGUACUAGGUUUCGUGGUUUCGUAACCCCGAAAGGGUUGAGGCCUGUCCAGACUUCCGCACAAUUAUCCACAGACACGUGUCCCCGGACAGUCAAUAUUGGCCGGUCUUUUGUCUUCCGUUGAAGUGGAAAACAAGAGACAACGUCAGCUAGGACUCAUUGUCUGCCAGCCUACUGGAGGCCCACCUUGCCAGUUCUGAAACACCGUUUAUUUCCUUGCAGAGUAUGUGAUUCUCUCUCUCGAAAAAAAGCGAGUAAAACCGCAUUUCGGAUUUCUCCCGAAAGUUCGUUCUAUACACCGAGAGAAGAUUGCCAAGCGAGACGAGAAUCGCGCGUCUCUCUGGAAAGAGUCGGGAAGAAGGAAGAAGCCGGCUGGUGUUGUACGCGGUCGCCGAAGCGUAAAAAUAGGACCGGGCAUACUUGUGUGAUGAUUCGAUGCACGACGGAAGAGAAUCCAAGGGUCAAGCUGCUGUUUUAUGAUCCCGUCCCGUUUCUCGAAAUAUCCGCGCGAAGAGACGGCGAGGAACAAUAACAAGAUAGGCGAGAGGAACGAGCAUAGCGACCGAGGCCGAGACAAAGAUCGAGAAACGAGAAACUCGGCGUGGAUCGCCUCAAAUGGAAGGACUAGCGUCUUCGUCGGACGUCAGCCGAUAGUCGAAUUGUUCGACAACUCCGACGGAUCGUCUCGUCGAGAUCGAUCGAUUCAUUGCCGGUUAUCAUCGUCGUUCGAUAGGCUGGACUGCGACGGCCGUUGCUAGACAUGGACGCCCUGGAAUUGCAAGCAGCCCUGGUCAAGCUGGACCCGGCCACCACGGUCACGCCGAUCGGCACCAACGUGAAAAUGCUGCCGCCGCCUCAUCAUCAUCGUAUCGCGUUCACCGUCGACCUCGACGAGAACGACCUGACGUUGGAGAACGCCGCGCAGAACGACGAGAGGGAGAAGACGAGCAACGCCGCCCCUAGGAAGCUGCACAACAACUGCCCGGCCCAGGUGACCGUGUCCGGCCACCCGAACCACCCUAACAACCGGCAGAUAGAGGUGUCCAAGUGCGAGAUGGCGGAGGUCAGGUGACGCCAGCCUUGCUACGACCUUAUCUUUUAUCACACUUACCCGCCGCACAGGGGCAGCAAGCAUCAUGCUAAGCAUCACGCUAAGGAGAAGAGACAUCAUCAUCAUCAUACAAUGCAUCAUCAGCAUCAUA